CCCUAGUUUGCACAGAAAAAAAAGUUCCCGUAUAAAGGAUCUAGGAAACUGGCACGAAAUCACCUUCUCUAAGUAGAGCUCUGAGAAGACAAGUUGUGUAGCAGAUAGUAAGCGGAAUGCGUUGUAAACUGCAUUCGAUCAAGUGCAGCGACAAGGGACAGAGGAAGGUUUGCUGACAACAUCACACAAAAUGUAUUUUCAAUCCCAGUGCUACACAGCAUAUGUAAAUUGAACUGCAGGCAAAUUUUCUAUCCCGCUUAAAGCACGACGAACAUACUUACGACGACAUAUAAACUAAAACAAGGCUUUCGAUUAGUAUAGAAGUUAAAAGUAAUGAGAUCAAGUACUUUGAGAUGAACAGAAUUUCCUCCCUGUGUGACACGCAAUCUCAUUACCUUUCUACUGCUAACUGUGGUAAUUCCAUGUCAUGUCAUACGUACUCUAAAGAGACCAAGCACCGCCGCGUGAGUAUAAGGUGGCACGGGCGAGAAAAGUACAAGUACAGUCCUGACAAUAGACAGGAUGGAUGCAUCCUUUCAGUGAGAUCGCAACUAGAUGAUGGAGGGAUGGUUUGGGAGAUGGAUGGCAUAUAUGCGUUUGCUUUCUCGUGUAAUCAGUAUUCCAGGAUUUCUUUACUAUGGUUUGGUUGUACAUGGCCGAAGCUCGAGGGAUAGCCAAAAUUUUGCUAUCAAGCGCUGUUGUGUAACACAAAGGAUAACCAACAGUGACUCUUCGAACUAAGACAUCAUGAUGAUUGUACAACUAUGUCUAGGGUUUGCAGCAUUACAUGGCAUACUUUGCUUAAGAACCUGGCAUGACUACAAAAGUCAGGGUAAGAGAAAUAUUGAUACAAUAUAUACUUCACCUCACAUGCAUCCUCUUCCAACAGUUCGAAAAAUUAAACGAUGGCCAAAACAUAAUUUUCACACCUAUUAGCAAGUUUCACAGAGAAAAAAUCGGACACAUUUACGACCGUUUUGAUAAUUUCAAUAGACCGUAACAUUAACUGAAAACUGUCCAUCAAAACUCAGCCAAUCGUGAGUAGAUUAAAAGCGCCUGCGCCAAGGACCCCAGUGCACGUGGUUCCAAAGCUUCCCCUGUUCAGAUAGUAAACCGCUCACGCAAACAGAGCGUCUUAAUUCAAACAGAGCUUAAUUCAAACCGCAGCUAAGGUAAGAAAAAUUUCCAUUUUAGCCAUCCAUUAUUCAAUAGUUCGCGAAUCUUGCAGCCUUACGGCCCGUGUGAAAAAGAAUACCACGGGGAAAGUAAGGAAGUACGGUCGUCGCAUCAUAAGAGUCAGCGAUAUUUGGCGGUAUCCUUGGCCCUAUAAAAUGCAUAAAACGUCGGGAGAAACAUUUGCGUGAACACUGUGAAGUUAGAGAAGUGUUAAAAACCAUCAACAUCGCUUAGACUUACCCUAUAUCGCGUAAAAACGAAGCCGGGAGAAAUGAUUAGAUAUUAAAUUUACAGGUAUCCUCCAAAACUUUCGCCUUGACCCAAGCCGCCAUUACGUGGCCAUUACGUGAUUGACCAGUGCGUCAACAGUCAAGGAAAUCGAAGCCACAAUUAAGAAACUUGAGUAUAAUGACCACAAUCAUAACUACAUGUCUGAGAAUUGCUUAUUUCUACGUUCAGCAAAUAUAUUGAGUCAAGACAAUGAUGCAGGAUUGCCAAGGUAGACACGUGAUUCAUGCCGCAAUAAAUCCCUGGAAUGGCAGAACAUACUCUGUCAUUUGAACUAAUUUGAACUCGUUUCUGACAAGCUAGUGAAAAAUUCAAAGUAUUACGAAGACAGUGAAAACGAGAAUACCACCAGAUUCACUCUAACGAAAAGACAGCAAAAUGAUUGACACACCCGGUAGCGUGAACGAUGAUCCUUGGAAAUUUGCAUAUUGACGAAAUUGUGGGCACAAAUUAACCCUGUUUUUUUGUGUGUGAUGCUGCAGAACUUUCAAAGGAGUAACGUCGAUGGCCAACACUAACAGAAAUGCUUACGUCCAAUACAGGUUUAUGGCCUUUUAUUUUGAUGACAUGGCAUUCACCUUGUCCCAAAUUCCGAUUCAGGACCUGGAGAUGCCUGCUGAAACAACAAAUAUCCAUGUGAGCAGCAUGUCAGAAUAUGUUCCUAACCAGAGGCACUUCAUUAAUUUCCAUGGCAAUAUGCAGGCAAUCCAUGGCAACAUACCAGAAAAUCAUGACAACAUGCAAGCAAUUCACGGCAACAUGCAAGCAAUUCAUAAUAUGCCACCAAUUAAUGGCAAUAUACAAGCCAUCUAUGCCAAUAUGCAAGCAAUACAUGUAUACAAUGACUGGCAAGUUAAUCUAUUGGACAGAAUGGGAGGUGAAGAACUAUGAAAGACCCUGCCUCAUCAAAGACUGUUGUAUUAUAAAUGUUGUGUUAUAUUUAAAAGAAUAACUUGUAAGAUACUCAGUUUAGAUAGUAGAGCACAGAUGGUAGAUUUAUCUACUUACAUAUCUACUUAUUUAUCUACUGAUACAUAUAUGCACAUUCAAGAGUGACCAGUUAAACUGAAACAACCGUGUGUUCAAGUGUUUGUCAUUGGAAGAAAACAAGAGUUGAGUGAAAUGGAAAAACUUCACAUGAACUCUAGAAUAUUUCCAAACUCUUUAUUUUCAUGCUUUUGUUUUGGAAAGAAAGAUAACAAACAUAUCUUUUGAUUUAGCGAGGUUCAAUCAUCAAUCCAGCCAUCUACACACAUGUAGGGGGCUUGGAACUUGCUGAGCUUCAAAAUGGCAAAGCUUGUGGGCAGUGUAAUCUUUAGUUUUUUCACUGAUGGUAACAUACACCUUGGCAAAGUUUUGUGUUAAUUUUCAUUUAAUUGAUUAGUGGAAAUGCUCUUGUCCCUUGAGCAAGUCCUGUCAUCACAAUGAAAUUUCAUAUUGCCCUGAACAGCAUUACUAAGAUUUGUAGCCUAGAUUUGUGCAGUAUAUUAUACAGUUGCUCCAAGUUAUAAAAUUCAAAUAAUUUUUCGUGUGUGUCAAAAGCUGGUCGUAAUAUCUUCAAGUUAACCUUCGCGUAUUAGUACAUGUAUGCCCACACCGAUUAAGUCAAAACGUGACAACAAUGUGCAAAAAUGAUCGUACCGGCUUUUUCGCAACCGUUCUAAAUUACAAGCGUAUGAAAACGAAAUUAAAUUGUGAUUUACCGAAAGCUUGAGCAGUUGCAAUAAACAGAUGUCGACACUGAAGGAAACAAUGAUUUUCUUCACUGUCAGAAUAAAAAUUAGGGAAAAGAAACUGUUAAAAAAACAAAGCUAGUUGAAGACACAA